CCCCUGCUGGCUGCUAGUCUAUUGCUGUAUUUAUUUCCACCUCCCCCUCUCCUUCUCAGUCUCAAGCAACACCGCCGUGUAGCUAAUCCCGAGCACGGAUACGAACUCGCAAGAAAGGGUUUUCUCGUGCAGUUCAGUGCAGCCUCCUGCCCGUCGUCGGCAGCCAUUCCAAGAAAGAAGGUCUCUGUUUCGUGAAAAGCAGAGGAGAUGAUCACGGUGGCAGCACCGGAGGCGCAGCCGCAACCGCAGGCGGCGCCGGCGGCUGUGGCGCCGGAGGUGACCGUGUUCCGGUCGAAGCUUCCGGACAUCGAGAUCCCCAGCCACCUGCCCCUGCACGACUACUGCUUCGCCCGGGCGGCGGAGCUCCCGGACGCGCCGUGCCUCAUCGCGGCGGCCACGGGGAGGACGUACACCUACGCCCAGACGCGCCUCCUGUGCCGCAGGGCCGCCGCGUCGCUGCGCGUCCUCGGCGUCCGCCAGGGCGACCGCGUCAUGAUCCUGCUCCAGAACUCCGUCGAGUUCGUGCUCACCUUCUUCGGCGCGUCCUUCCUCGGCGCGGUCACCACCGCCGGCAACCCGUUCUGCACGCCGCAGGAGAUCCACAAGCAGUUCAGGGCCUCCGGCGCGAGGCUCAUCGUCACCCAAUCCGCCUACGUCGACAAGCUCCGCCACGAGGCCUUCCCGAGGAUCGGCGCGGCAAGCGACGACGGCGGCGAUGGCAAUGCCCUCACCGUCGUCACCAUCGACGACGCGGCGAACACACCGGAGGGCUGCCUGGCGUUCUGGGAGCUGGUGGCGUCCGCCGACGAGGCUACCCUCCCGGAGGUGUCCAUAUCCCCGGACGACCCCGUGGCGCUGCCCUUCUCGUCGGGCACGACGGGGCUCCCCAAGGGCGUGGUGCUGACGCACGGCGGGCAGGUGUCCGGCGUGGCGCAGCAGGUGGACGGCGAGAACCCGAACCUGUACAUGCGGGAGGGCGACGUCGCGCUCUGCGUGCUGCCGCUCUUCCACAUCUUCUCGCUCAACUCGGUGCUGCUGUGCGCGCUGCGGGCCGGGGCGGCGGUGAUGCUGAUGCCCAGGUUCGAGAUGGGCGCGAUGCUGGAGGGCAUCCAGCGGUGGCGCGUGACGAUGGCCGCCGUCGUGCCGCCGCUGGUGCUCGCGCUGGCAAAGAACCCCGCGCUGGAGAAGUACGACCUGAGCUCCAUCAGGAUCGUGCUCUCCGGCGCCGCGCCGCUGGGAAAGGAGCUCGUCGACGCGCUCCGCGCGCGCGUGCCGCAGGCCAUCUUCGGGCAGGGGUACGGGAUGACGGAGGCCGGUCCGGUGCUGUCCAUGUGCCCGGCGUUCGCCAGGGAGCCGUCGCCGGCCAAGCCGGGGUCGUGCGGCACGGUGGUGCGCAACGCGGAGCUCAAGGUGGUGGACCCGGACACGGGCCUCUCGCUCGGCCGCAACCUCCCCGGCGAGAUCUGCAUCCGGGGCCCGCAGAUCAUGAAAGGGUACCUGAACGACCCGGAGGCCACCGCGAGGACCAUCGACGUCGACGGCUGGCUCCACACCGGCGACAUCGGGUUUGUCGACGACGACGACGAGGUCUUCAUCGUCGACCGCGUCAAGGAGCUCAUCAAGUUCAAGGGAUUCCAGGUGCCACCGGCCGAGCUCGAGGCGCUGCUCCUCGCCCACCCUUCCAUCGCCGACGCGGCCGUCGUCCCGCAAAAGAAUGACGCCGCCGGUGAGGUCCCGGUCGCCUUCGUGGUCCGCGCCGCCGACUCCGACAUCGCCGAGGAUGCCAUCAAGGAGUUCGUAUCCAAGCAGGUGGUGUUCUACAAGAGGCUGCACAAGGUAUACUUCACCCACUCCAUCCCCAAGUCGGCGUCGGGGAAAAUACUGAGGAGAGAGCUGCGGGCCAAGCUCGCCGCAACUGAGACAGCCUGAGCAGUUAGGCUCAGAGCCUUGGCUUGCUACGUGCAAUUCAUUUGGUAGUGGCAUCGUGUACCAUUCAGAUAGUUUAUGUGUGUGACCGUGAAACAAACAUGACGUACCGAGAUUUUAAGAUGUAUCCAUUCGCUUUGUACGCGCAUGCUCCUUCUAUGUGACGUCAAUAAGAUUGGCCGAUUUUGACCUCAUCA